AUGUCAGACAACCUGGAGCCCGAAGGCUCAUUCAGCGACCCCGAGCUCACUCGAGAGAAAACAAAUUUGUCCUACUCGUACGAUAACAGGCGCGGAUGGCGUCGUUGGCGAGUCUUUCAUCCUGGAAGAGGAAUGUACCACGAUGUCAAGCGCCGACUGCCAUACUACUGGAGUGAUAUUACUGAUGCAUUCACAUACCGCACCGUUGCUAGUACAAUUCGCAUGUACUUUGUCAAUCUCCUACCGGCCAUAGCCUACACCCUCGAUAUGUAUCGCCGCACAGGACAAUUCUUUGGCAUCAACGAAGCCUUGUUCUCUUCCGCUAUGGCAGGUAUUGUGUUCAGUCUCUUGAGCGCUCAGCCCCUCACCAUCGUUGGAGUCACAGGUCUCAUCUCUCUGUUCAACUUCACCAUCUACGACAUCGUCAGCAAAUACGACGUGUCCAUUUACCCGCAGUUCAUGGCCUGGACAGGAAUCUGGGCGGCCAUAUUUCACUGGAUUGCUGCUAUCUUCAACACCUGUGACUACAUGCGUUAUGUAACAGACUUUUCAAGCGAGGCCUUCGGGAUGUAUGUGGGGAUUAUCUACAUCAUCAAAGGUGUCGAGGAACUCGUCAACGAGUUUGAUCAAUCGGGGUCUGCAGCAGGAUACCUAGCCUGCAUCAUCGCUAUCCUUUACUUUGGUACAGUUUAUACUCUCGAGAAGCUCGGGUCUAGUACAAUAUGGAGUGCGGGGAUGCGUCUGAUCCUGGCGGAUUAUGCAUACGUGUUCGGCACUCUUUUCUGGGUGGGCUUCUCUCAUUUUCCUGGUACACUUACAUCAACACAUGUCGAACGAGUUCCUGUCACGAAGGCCUUUUAUCCCACACAGGACAGAAGUUGGCUUAUCGACUUUUGGAACUUGGAGAUCAAAUGGAUUUUUGUCGCCGUGCCAUUUGGAUUUCUGACUAUGCUCCUGUUUUACUAUGAUCACAAUGUCAGUAGUAUCACAGCCCAGGCUAGACAGUAUCCUUUGAAGAAACCUGGUGGUUUCCACUGGGAUUUCUUCCUCCUCGGAUGUACCACCUUUGUCUCUGGCAUUUUAGGACUUCCUAUGCCGAAUGGUCUAGUGCCGCAGGCACCUGUCCACACAGAUUCGUUAACAAUCUACGAAACUGAGCUGAAGAUCGUCUCAACUUCUGAAGGAGAAGGCACUGAGAUACGCAGACCUGUCACCAAAGCCACAGCUGUUGUUGAGCAGCGCGCAUCUCACUUUUUCAUGGCACUUGGUCUCAUUGGAACCAUGACUGGACCUCUCUUGGUGGUGCUACAUCUUAUACCUGCCGCAGUAUUCGCCGGUGUAUUCUUCGUUGUCGGUUGGGGCUCAAUCGAAAGCAACGGCAUCCUUCAAAAGCUUAUCUACCUCCAAUCCGAGAAGCGCUUCAUACAGCGUGACGAGCCCAUGCUACUAAUCCCCAGGCGAAAGAUCAUACUCUACAUAGGCCUGCAGUUUGUCGGUGUAGCUGUGUGCGUAGCUGUGUCGCACACACUCGCAGCCAUUGGGUUUCCUGUUCUAAUCAUCUUGCUUAUCCCUCUGCGGAUUUUACUUGUACCUCGAUGGUUCACACUUCAGGAGCUUCAGAUCUUGGACGACUUCACGGCGACCAACAAGGCGGUACUAGCAAGCUUGGGGGGUAAGCCAGCCUUGCCGGAGAAUUCAAGAGAAGAAGACUGGGGUGUGGAGAGACGGCGGAAUGAGGAUCAACAUGGUGUUGCCAGGCAGAGAGCGGGAAGUAUCCACUGGUGA